AGAAUAUAGGCUAUAGUUCAUGCCAAGGUUUAGCUAAUCAAAGUUAUAGCAUACACAGUCACUUAUAGCUACAGAGAUAUGGAUGCUAAGAAGAAGAGAAAACUGCCAAAGAAUUUAACUGAAGCAUCAAAACAGGCUAGGGCAUACCUUAUGUCAUCAAGCAAGAUUACUGAAGCUUGUGAAUUGUUCAAGACUAUAUUGAGCUGCCUGAAUCUUCAAAAGACAUAUCUGAGCAUGAUAUCGCUACGUACCUGGUGGGACGAUAUGGUAUCAACAAGAUAGCACGGAUAUGUUCCGUGCUUUCUGGAUUUCCGAAGACACUAAACACCUUCCAUGUAUCCAAGUACAUAGCAAAAGUCACAGAUAUGGAUGAUGCACACUUGCUAGCCUCUUUCAUUACGAUUCAUUGUCCACACCUAAUAGCCACAUUCACAUCUAACCAUCCAUCACCAACUCUGUUAGCUCCUCCAGUGUCUAACUGCUUUGAAUGCCAACGUCAAUUGACUUCAAAUCAUGACUGUGAAGUCACCCUUUACACAUUAUCUGGUGUGAAGAAAUUGCCGAAAGUCACUCUUAGGUGUCAGCCAUGUGGUUUGACUUAUAACUAUGCGAUGUGGGGGAGAAAACAAACCUCUGGCUUUCAAUACUAUCAGAGCCAGCAAAAUUUAAUUGAAGUUUAUGACACCGUUUUCUUCACUCGGCCUCUCCUAGAAUUUCAGUGCUCCCUUGCGAACCACUCAUGGGUUUCCUUCCAGGGUUUUAGUGAAACAUACAAUGACACUCAUUCUCUCAACAAGGACCAAGCCAUGACAGAAAAGAUUGCAGCAGAUGCAUUCUACAAUGGAGAGAUUGAGAAUGAAAUUAGGUUUCUUGUACUAGCAACCAAUCCUACUUUUUCCCUAAGUCAUUUCACCUUCAAACGAGACAGUGACAGAGAGGAAACAAUGGAAAUGAUUGAAACAAUUCGCUCAUGCAGUAUAUACCAUCACUGUGAAACUGACUGCACUGCUGUUUGCAAGAAAAGAGGUUGUGGCACUCUGUGGGUUACUGACGGGAUUUGGAAACUUGUUUUUCCACAUUGCAUGCACAGACUGAAGUAUGUUGUGGACCGAAUUCCAUCAAUAUCUAUGCCAGAUGUGUGCACCUAUCCGCCGGUGCCUGGAAAAGCUUUUUGUCAGGAUCACUGCCAGUAUUUGGAGUCACAGGUACCACCAGUACCAACAGAUCUCAGGAGUUUUUUGAAGCACUGCAAAGUUCAAAAUGGAGAUGAUGUUUCGGUUAACUUUGAUGAAGAGAAAACAAUAGACACGGUUCUACAAAACACUACUUCUGAAAUUGCAAUAGGAAAAUCUGCAGCUAUUUCUCAAGGAACCCAUGAUCUACUAGCAACAAACCCAUCACUGUUGUCAAAGAGCCUUCAUGUUGCCAAACCGAUGACAGAGUCUACAGAAUGUCGCAAAAUUACUGGAAAAGCAAAACGUCUCCGGAGGUGGUCGAGGGGACACCAAUUUGUUGUGAGAGCAGGAGACCAUAUAGAAGCUUGGCAACCAUUAUACAAGUCGGAAUCACCAAUGCAAGUUUUUUUCAUCCUAAUCAAGUGGCUUGAAACGUUGAGUCAACAGCCAAACUACCAAUUUCUGCCAACUGCUAUGUACCUAUAGCGUAUGACAACAUGUGCAAUGUGAAUAGACUGAAGGUUGCAAGAGCAGCCUUACCAUUACCGCCCCCAAUGGACAAGGCAUGGCUCAAUAUCGAGAAGAUAAUUGACACGUUUCACCUUCCCAAUCAUGUAAACCCUGAAUGCCAUAUGCUAUAUUCUCCUCAAAGGCUCAAAGAAAAGUGCCCUGACGCAAACACACAGGCUGGCGAGCAGACGUUUGUCUGGCUUGGUAGAUUUAAGCAUAUUCUGUGUGCAAUGAAUAAGCAGCACCAUCUAUUUUACCUGCACAGAAUGGUUUGAAGGAGGAAUGCAUACACAGUGAAAUGCUAUAAAGCUGGAAAAAAACCCAUUCUGCCAAGAUCCAAACUCUAAUUGACUCAUUCUCCUGCUGAAAUGCUAUACUUGCAUGCAUACCUAUGUAUUCCCUUUAACAAUCUCUAUAGUUCCGUGUAGCAAUCAUGCAAAUGUUCAUGCAAUGUUUGAUGAUCAGUGAUUCGCUGGUCACUAGUCAAUUGGAAGGGAUGUUGCCACAAUGGAGCGAGCUAAUCUGAUG